AUGCCGUACUACGAGACGAGCCAGGAAUGGCUGCGCCAGUCGUCGCUGCUUCUUGAAGCGCGGCCGACCACUACACGCAUAACAACCAAAUACCACAUCUCCAAGCCCAAGCCCAAGCCCAAGCCCAAAGCCCGAAAUCCACCAUCUUCCUCCUCCACCGAACAACAACAACAGCAACAACAACAAAGCACGCCAAGAGCCUCCCUAACGCUGAAAACGUACGACCCGCACUCGGGCGCGUGCCUCAAGUACCGCACCACCAAGGCCGCCGAGGUCGCGCGCCUCAUCACGAGUCUGGGGCGCCCGCUCGGCGCGCGCAUGGCUGCGCUGCCGGUUGGAGAGGAAGGGGGUGGCGGCGGCGGCGGCGGCGAGGAUGAGGUUAUGGUGGAUGCGCCGGCUGCUGUUGCUGCUGUUGAGGAGGGGGCUGUUGUGGGAGGAGGGGGGAAGGAAGGGGGGAAGGGGCAGGCGCAGGGUGGUAGUGGUGCUGGAGGAGGAGGAGGGAAGGGGAAGAAGAAGCGGGGGAAGAAGUGA